CGUGUUAAAUGGCCGACCGUGGAGAGCUGUGAACUCGUCGUGAAUGUAGUUUUAAUCGGACGGUCGUUUUUCUCGUGGCCCACCAUCGACAAAUGUAACGCCGUUUGACACCAGACCGUAAAAAUUCCCAGUCACCUCCCCGAACCGGCGAUAAGGAGCGAGGACGGCCCGACCCCUGGCAAAUGGACCCAUCGCCCGUCCAGUUCCCGUCCGUUCACUAGAAAGAAGAUCCGGCCUCCGGGGCAAAAUUGGAGGAAAAACGCCGAGACCCGCUCCCGAGGGCGACGGCUCCGACACAUUUCCACUUUCCCACGACGCCUUCCAACAGCCGCGACCCUCUUCUGUGAUGUAGGCGUCUCGGGUUUUUGCAUUUUUUGUUUGAUCAGCUGAACCGCUUCCCCCCUUUCUGUUCCUUUUAUUUUCAGUUUUUGGACCUUUUUUUUUCUCGGGAAAAGAAAGAGCUCCCCAGGGCUCCGGCAUCGUCCAAAGUCGAACCCUUUGACUGUGACGCCUGGUCCGAGCAUUCCCGAUUUUCUGUUUUGUUUUUUUUUCUUUUCAUUUCCCAUUCCUAAACGUCCCGGGCAAAAUGAUGAAAAGCGGUCUUCCGAAGAAAGAAGGAAAGAUGAGGAUCAGAGCUUUCCCGAUGUCCAUGGACGAAAAAUAUGUGGAAAACAUAUGGGGGCUGUUAAAGAGUGCUAUACAGGAGAUACAGAAAAAAAAUAAUUCUGGACUAAGUUUCGAGGAACUUUACAGAAAUGCAUAUACAAUGGUAUUGCAUAAAUAUGGCGAACGCCUCUACUCAGGACUCAAAGAGGUUGUUACUAACCACCUGGAGACCAAGGUGAGAGAAGAUGUUUUGCGUUCCUUGCACAAUAAUUUCCUCCAGACACUCAAUAUGGCCUGGAACGACCAUCAAACAUCGAUGGUCAUGAUCAGGGACAUCCUCAUGUACAUGGACAGGGUUUACGUUCUUCAGAAUGAUGUCGACAAUGUGUACAAUUUAGGCUUAGUAAUAUUCAGAGACCAGGUGAUCAGGUACGGUUGUAUACGAGACCAUUUGAGAGUCACGCUGUUAGACCUGGUCAUGAGGGAGCGGAAGGGUGAAGUCGUGGACAGGAUGUCCAUAAAGAACGCUUCCCAGAUGCUUAUGGUUCUCGGCAUCAACUCCCGUUCCGUAUACGAGGAGGAUUUCGAAAAGCCCUUCCUACAACAGUCUGCCGAAUUUUACAAAAUCGAAAGCCAGAACUUUUUAGGGGAGAACAGUGCUUCAGUGUACAUAAAGAAAGUUGAGGCGCGCAUCAUAGAAGAGGCAGAACGUGCCAGACACUACCUAGACGAAAGCACUGAAGAACGUAUUGUCAAAGUUGUUGAAAAUGAAUUAAUAUUGAAACAUAUGAAGACAAUUGUCGAGAUGGAAAAUUCUGGUGUGGUCCAUAUGCUGAAAAACCAGAAAGCAGACGACCUGGCCUGCAUGUACAAACUGUUCUCGAGGGUGUUUGAUGGGCUCAAGACGAUGUCAGAAUGUGUGAGCUUGUAUCUAAGGGAGCAGGGCAAGACAUUAGUUGAAGAACAAGAGCCAACUACCAAUGCAAUACUAUUUGUACAAAAUCUUCUAGAUCUGAAGGAUAGACUGGACCACUUCCUCCACAAUUCGUUCAAUAACGACAAAAUAUUCAAGCAGAUGAUUGCUACAGAUUUUGAAUAUUUUUUGAACCUCAAUUCGAAGUCUCCUGAAUAUCUUUCACUUUUUAUAGACGACAAAUUGAAAAAGGGUGUCAAAGGCAUGUCUGAACAAGAAAUUGAAACAGUAUUGGAUAAAACCAUGGUCUUAUUUAGGUAUUUACAAGAGAAGGAUGUUUUUGAAAGAUACUACAAAAACCACUUGGCGAAACGCCUUUUAUUAAAUAGAUCUGUUUCCGAUGAUAAUGAGAAAAAUAUGAUCUCAAAACUAAAGACGGAAUGUGGGUGCCAAUUCACUUCAAAACUUGAGGGAAUGUUUAAAGAUAUGACAGUUUCUAAUACAAUUAUGGAAGAGUUUAAGGAACACAUCAAAGCGACCAACGCCAACCUUGAUGGAGUGGAUCUAAGCGUUCGUGUAUUAACUACUGGGUUUUGGCCUACAAAUAACGCCCCAAAGUGCAACAUCCCUCAGGCUCCACAAAAUGCUUUUGAUGUUUUUAAAAGGUUUUACCUCGGAAAGCAUAGUGGCCGACAAUUGACACUUCAGCCACAGCUUGGCUCAGCAGACCUCAAUGCUGUGUUCUAUGGCGUGAAACGGGACGACGAGGAGGGUAAGGAAACCAGUGCUCCCGCCACGCCAAAUGUGUCCACAGUACCCAGGAAGCACAUCUUCCAAGUAUCCACCUACCAGAUGUGCGUCCUCAUGCUCUUCAACAAGAGGGACAAACUGACCUACGAGGAUUUGGAGACAGAAACGCAAAUCCCAUCGAAGGACCUCAUAAGAGCUCUUCAGUCACUCGCAAUGGGCAAACCGACUCAAAGAGUGCUUAUUAAGGAACCCAAGACAAAAGAAAUCGAGCCUUCACAUCGCUUCUUCGUAAAUGAUACAUUCUCGUCAAAGUUGCACAGAGUCAAAAUUCAGACGGUGGCGGCCAAAGGUGAAUCAGAACCUGAACGCAAGGAGACAAGGAGUAAGGUUGAUGAUGACAGAAAGCAUGAAAUCGAAGCUGCAAUUGUCAGGAUCAUGAAACUAAGAAAGAAAAUGGCUCACAAUGUCCUUGUCACAGAAGUAACAGAACAGCUGAAAAGUCGGUUUUUACCUUCGCCUGUCGUUAUAAAGAAACGUAUAGAAAACCUCAUCGAAAGGGAAUACUUGUCCAGAACCCUGGAUGACAGAAAAGUCUAUACAUAUGUCGCUUAAUUUUGAUGUCAUUCCCACUUCUGGACAUAUUGGAGUGUGAUCUGCGCUAUUAUUGUCCUCACUCACAUCUUUCAUCAUCAACUGUUCUCUCUCAGCUCCUCCAAUGAAAAAUGAUAAUAGUAAUAAAAAAGGAAAAAAUCACAAAAUGCAUUAAAAAAACAAAAAAACAAAAAAAAAUUGCAAAAGUUAGAUAACAUUUGUAAUGUAUACAGCUUUCUAUUUUCAUUUUUAAAAGGCUAUCUUCAGUUCUCGUAUUUGGUAUUUAUAAUUUCUAUUUGAUUCUCUGAUUAGUAUUUUUUUUCAUCUUCAAAAGCCAAAUUGCGUACAGAAAAUUUAGGUUUAUUCCUUGGCUUCAAAGGCAUUGGAAAGUCAGACUGUGAUAAUGGAAUGAUUCAGUUAUUAACGCCUAAGGGAUAAAACGGCUAAAUAGAAACACAUAUUUAAAUAAUUAAGAAAAAUAACUUAGAUAA